AUGGCCCGUUCCAAGGCCUGCAGCGAUAGAGAUCGCGAUCGCUGGAGGAAAAAGAAUGGGGGAAGUAAAGAGAGGCUGCAGAAGGACCUGCGGGAGGCCGACGGGCACCACCCGGUCCUGUCUUCUCAGCCUCGCUUUCCCGGGCAGCCGACAUCCUACAGGGUCCGGUCCGGCGGCAGCGCGCAGGAAGCUCUGCAAAGGAUCAUUUCAACACUGGCAAAUAAAAAUGAUGAAAUUCAGAACUUUAUAGAUACAUUAAAUCAUACACUAAAAGGAGUUCAGGAAAAGUCUUCUAACAUACUUUCAGAGUUAGAUGAAGAAUUUGAUAGUUUAUACUCUAUAUUGGAUGAGGUGAAAGAGAGUAUGAUUAACACUAUCAAGCAGGAACAAGUCCGUAAAUCACAGGAGUUAAAGAGUCAGCUUACUCAAUGUAAUAAUGCUCUGGAGAACUCUGAAGAACUACUAGAAUUUGCAACAAGGUCGUUAGAUAUAAAGGAACCUGAAGAAUUUUCAAAGGCUGCCAGACAGAUCAAGGAUAGAGUCACAAUGGCUUCAGCCUUUCGCCUUUCUUUGAAACCAAAGGUCAGUGACAACAUGACUCAUUUAAUGGUGGAUUUCUCUCAGGAAAGACGGAUGCUGCAAAUGUUGAAGUUUUUGCCAGUCCCCAAAGCUCCAGAGAUAGAUCCAGGAGAGUGUUUGGUGGCUGACAACUCUGUAACAGUAGCUUGGAGAAUGCCAGAAGAAGAUAAUAAAAUUGACCAUUUUAUACUGGAAUAUAGGAAAACUAAUUUUGAUGGCCUUCCACGUGUAAAGGAUGAGCGAUGCUGGGAGAUAAUUGAUAAUAUUAAGAGUACUGAAUAUACACUAGCAGGUUUAAAAUUUGAUUCAAAGUACAUGAAUUUCAGAGUACGAGCUUGUAACAAGGCUGUGGCUGGAGAGUAUUCUGAUCCGGUGACUCUAGAGACCAAAGCACUUAACUUCAGUUUGGAUAAUUCAUCAUCCCAUUUGAACCUGAAAGUUGAAGAUACCUGUGUAGAGUGGGAUCCUACUGGAGGAAAAGGUCAAGAAAGUAAAAUUAAAGGAAAAGAGAACAAGGGCGGCAGUGUCCAUGUUACUUCACUGAAGAGACAUACAAGUGGUACACCAUCCCCCAAGCGGACAUCUGUAGGCUCCAGGCCACCAGCAGUAAGAGGCAGCAGGGAUCGUUUUACUGGAGAAUCAUACACAGUGCUGGGAGACACUGCCAUUGAAAGUGGACAACAUUAUUGGGAGGUCAAGGCCCAGAAGGAUUGUAAAUCCUACAGUGUGGGAGUAGCAUACAAAACUUUGGGGAAAUUUGACCAAUUGGGAAAGACGAACACUAGUUGGUGUAUCUAUGUCAACAACUGGCUACAAAACACAUUUGCAGCAAAGCAUAAUAAUAAAGUCAAAGCUUUGGAUGUUACUGUUCCUGAGAAAAUAGGUGUAUUUUGUGAUUUUGAUGGGGGUCAACUUUCUUUCUAUGAUGCAAACUCAAAACAGUUGCUGUAUUCCUUUAAGACAAAAUUUACUCAGCCAGUACUACCUGGUUUCAUGGUUUGGUGUGGUGGACUUUCUUUGAGUACUGGGAUGCAGGUUCCAAGUGCUGUCAGAACACUUCAGAAAAGUGAAAAUGGAAUGACUGGUUCAGCUAGCAGCCUGAACAAUAUUACUCAAUAAUGCCUACUCAGAAUAUGCUUUCCCUACCCUCCCUCUUGGUUGGGUGGCCUUUGCUGGGCAGUUACUAAUCACAGAAAUUUGUGAGUGGUGGAAAUCAGGUUUGCUAAGUUCUGCUUUAAGGCCUGGAAUCUGUUAGCAUUAAGCAUCUAGUAUGAAGCAUUCAUAGGACCUACUGUGCAAUAUCAUAGAAGCAAGCAGAUAAUGAGCAAGAAACUGAUGUUUUGAAGAGUACAUGGGGAAAAAGUCAGUGUUCGAAUAUUUGUAUAGAAACUCAUUUUUGUGUUUGUGGAUUAGUUUGACUCUUCUAAUAUGUUUAGCUGCAUUUGGUAACUCUAGGGCCUGGGGUUAAAAGCUUUUAAAUCUUG